GCUGUGAAAGACCUGCGAAAGUGUUGUAAAGCAAAACAACUGCGCUCUAAAGUGUUCGUUCUUUUCAGAAUUUUUACGUUUCAUGUGUAAUUAAACAUAAAUUUCAAAGUUGUGCAUUUAAAUUAUGGACAUAUGAUGAAUUGUUAACGUUAUCGAUGCGUGUGUGUGCUUACGCUGGACCGUCUACAGCAAUAUAUGUAUUUUUUUCGCUAUGUGCAAGAGAAGAUGCGGUGUCGGCAAUGUGAGUGUUUUCAAUUCAAAUGGUAGUGACAAGGUUGCUCCGCUUUAAAGCAAUUUAACUGGUUGCCUUCGUUUGACGGACUGACAACUGCAUUAAGGCGAAAAAUCAACAAUUCAACUAACAAGGAGAGAUAAUAAGAGAACGAGCAGAGAGAAAAAAAGCAUAAAAUCAUAAAAUCAGCAAAAUCAACACAAACUACUACAGUGCGUAAGCAAGCGGCAUUUGUACAUCAUUAAGUUUUACUAAAAAAAAAAAAACAAACAACAACAGUUCUACAGUUCAUUUACGUUCUCAAAUAAACAAUAGCGACAAUUGCGUGUGUGUAUGAGAGAGAAAGAAAAAGAACGAAAAAACUUACGCCAGACAUAAAACAACGCGAGUUGCAAUUGGGCAACGUUCCAUUCAGGACAACCACAGCAACAACAACGACAAGCGCAACGAGAGUGAACGGAAGAGCGAGCUUAACAGCAUUAACGGUGCCCUUCUGGGUGCCACUGGCUGCGGCGCUAACACGCGCGUCGGUGGCCUUGACAGCUGUUUUUCUAGGACAUUGGGAUCUGCAGAGCAUAUCCCACAUCCCCUAUUGGAAAUCUAUUUGGUUUUGUUUCGGAACUGACAACUGUCAUUUGUGUGUGCUUUUGUAAUUUUAAUGGCAUUUCGUUGUUUGUUCGAUGCCAAAAAAGAUGAACAAUGAACAAAUUGGUGUUUCAUCAAUAUCAUCAUCAGCGACAACCUUAUCAUCAUCCACAAUAUCCACAUCUGCAACAGCAACAGCAAGUGCAACUGCAACAGCAAGUGCAACUGCAUCUGCUAGCAAUAGCAGCGCAGCAGCUGCGCAACUCAUCAAGGCCAUAUCAACAGGCAGCGCCGCCACCGUCGUCGCCGGCAACGCCAAGGAUAAAGAUAGCAAUAUUGCCACAUUGGUAACGAAAAUCCAGGCUAUUAUUCCUGAUACGCCAAUCGUUUCGAUUGCCGCCGGGACGUUGAGUGAGAGUACCUCGACAACCACAUCGACUAAGACGACGCCGACGCCCUAUUUCCAGGAGCAGCUAACCACCUUGAUGUCGCACAAUGUAAAGCUGGAGCAGCGACCCGCCAACGAUCUGUCCAACAACACCAACAGCAGCAGCAGCAACAACAACAACAGCAACAGCAACAAUAAUAACAGUAGUCCAUCGGCGGCUGUCGUUGAUCUUAGCCAGAAUCAUGUGGCGGCUGUUGAUAAGAAAAGCAACAGUAGCAGCGGGGAAGGUGGUGCCUGCAGCGCUGCCGGCCAGGACAGCGCUGCAAAUACGGCACACCACAAUUUAAAAUUGACGCCGCUGCUUAGUAAAUCGGGCCAACCUGCGCCAGAGGUGAUUGCCGCGGCAACGGCGCUGCAUCAGCGACGCGGCGCCACCACCAAAGGCAAAACCCAGGAUGACCAAAAUGUGGGCAAGCGUCAAAAGAAUAAAAGGACAAAAUACGAUCCCUGGGAGGAUAGCGAAAUAAAUGAUCUCGACGACGCAUCAUUGAAGAAACUGCUCGAGGAGGCCUAUUGGUAUCGCAGCCCUAGCGACAGAAAAAACAAAAGCGAGCGUUUUCUGCAAAUGCUUAAGAAGGCUGAGUACGACGAGGAGAAUUCUUAUCGUCGUGUCAUUAAAAACUGCUUAACACGCAACACGUCCGCAUCAUCAUCAUCAACGUCCAGCGGCUAUUAUGGCCACAGUAGUAGCGUAGGCAGCGGCGGCAGCAACUUUGGUGCGCACAAUAGCAGCAACAGCAACAACAAUACAUAUAGCAGCAGUGGCGGCUAUCAUAGCAACCAUCGGACGGCAUCACAGCGUCAUAGACAGUUCGGCUCUUUGCAGGAUUUAGUGGAGGCGACGCAUCGCAGCGAGCUGGCAACGACGUCAGUGGCGGCGGCGGCGGCGACAGCGGCAGCAACCCAACGUUUCAACUGUGAUUAUCAGCUGAGUGGCGCCAGCGGCAGCAGCGGCAACAGCAGCAACGCUCGAGCCAAUCGACGCCAACAGCACAACAACAACAACAAUAACAACAACAGCAGCAGCAGCAGCAACAGCAACAAUAGCAACAACCAAAACGCCACUCUGGUCCUGAAAAAAUUCAAGAUCAACUCAAACUCGUCUGUGUCGGCGCGACAGCGCGAAGGCGGCAGUUUGCCCAGCAGCGUCAACUUUGAGGCCAAUAUGGAUAUUAAGCAGAAGCUGAACGUUGGCGAGCAGAUGGUGCUCAGCGGUGUCAAUGCCAGUGGCAGCAAAAACAAUCGCAACGGUAACAGCAACAACAACAGCAGCAGCAGCGGCAGCGGCGGCAACAACAACAACAGCAGCAACAGCCUGCCCAGUCAGCUGAAUGAGACUGGCAACAUGGUCGUGCAGUUCGAUCAGGAUGGCGUGGCCAUCGAUGUCGCUGGCGGCCAAAUCUAUGAGCAGGAGGAGCUACAUUCGGAUGCGCAGCACAAGGAUAAGCCCAUGACCUUCAAAUGUGAACAGCCGCUGGACAUUCUCGGUGGUCAGCAGAUGCAGAAGCAGAAGCAACAACAGAAGCAGCACCUGGCCGUUGCCAUUGAAUCGGGCGCUGUUAAAGAGUUCCUAAUCGAUGAUCCGCUGCACUUUUCCAUGCUGGAGCAGUCUGCCAAGCAGCAGCAACUGCGGCAACAGCAGCACUCACAAUACGCCGCCAUGCCGUCGAAUGGUCCAGGCGCCGCGGGUGCUGGCGGCCCAUUCACGCUCACUCUGGACGAGCACAAGCGCAAAGUGGAGGCCGGCUAUGUAUCGCUCAAUGACAGCUAUACGGCAUGCUCUUCGGUCUAUGGCGUCGGCAGUUCCACAUCCUCGGUCGCCACCGGCCACGAUACCGGCAGCAAUUCCGCUGAUCCAUUCGCUGGCCCCGAUCUGCGUACGGCCAAAAUUGGACACAUGAUGACCGCGGCGGCCACGGCAGCUGUUGCUGCCUCGCACAGCGCCAAGUCCACAACGGUAAGAAGCGGGCCUAUCAUAUUGUAGAACUGCCCUGAACUU